AUGCCGAGGUCAAAACCCAAUCUUCCGCGGGGCAAGCCACGAGGUCUACGCCGAGAUCGGGACUGUCGGACCUGUAAGGUUCGGGGAGUCAAGUGUGAUCUAAACAGACCUCAAUGUCUCCCUUGCGUGGAAUCUGGUCUGACUUGUGGGGGCUACACUCAGAGAGUCGUUUGGGCGGCGAAUCCUGUUGGGACACCAGUCUCCGGCCUGAACUUGCCAUCUCCAGUCGAGCAACAGAUUGACACGAGGCGUAAUUUAUCUGAUGAAGCGAACAUACCGUCAUCAGACAAGUUGCACCAUACGAGGGGCAUAUCUGCAAAUGAUGGCGAUGACUUCACACAAAAUUCGUUGGCUACAGAUCAGCCUCAUAUCGUGGAACAUCUUCUCGCCUUCGGUGACAGCCUCAAACGGGCAAGGCUGGUAUCUGUUGAUGAUGUAAAAUUCUUUGACACACGAUCAUCAGACCAGGGAUUGAAGCUUAUUGCCCAAGUCGACAACUUUCUACAAGCAACGAUCAGAAGACGCAGGAGAUCAGACCCAAGUACAACUUCACAUCCAUCAACCCUGGCCUUCUCCACCGCCGGGCCCAUCUUACCUCAAGAUGCAGAAAACGAGGACAUAUUGGUGUAUCAUCGCCUCGAAGCACUCAAGAGUCUCAGUCAAGCACUUAAUACUGCAGAUCCAGCCGCUUUUCUUGGAAUCGCUGUCUUUGCCUUUUUCGAAGUUGUGAUGGAUGGUGUCUUUGGUGAAUGGGACUGCCAUUUACGUGGUGCGCGGUCCCUUCUCGAUUGUCACUGUCGGAACAGCGAGGAGUUCCAGCAACUAUCAAAUACAUUCAUCGGAUUUGAAGAAAUAGUUGCAUACUUUGGUUGGUGGGACACUAUUGGUGCAGUUGUUAGGCAAUCUACCCGCAGGGCUGUGGGAGACCAGGAGGGUCUCACCUUUGACGAUUGGCAUCGUAAUGCUCUUACGAAAGACUUCCUUGACGUGGUCGGGUGCCCAACUGAAACGUUCUGGCUAUUUGUAUCACUUGCAAAAGGAAAAAAGUCGGAUAAUCUCAGCGAAAUACUUACUGAAGCCAUGGCUCAGCUCCUCAAACUUGGCAUGGACACAACUGAGCGUGGGAAGUGUAUGGACACAUACAGAUGCGCAGCAGUCAUCGCUGUCCUUUCAUGGAAGACUCCAGGGACUGGCGAAGCGCCACCCUGCAAAGCUUCUAGGACAACAUUAACAUUCGCUGUUGAUAGAAUUUGUCAAAUCAUUGACUCUGGUCGUCCAAGGUCUACACUCUAUGUCCACAUGGCCACACCUGCUUACUUGGCUAGCAUGUGGGCCAGUUCUUCAUAUCAUUGUAAGACCUUGCGGAACUAUUGGAAGAACUGCCAAAUGGGAGAUAUCCCCCGCUACUUGGGUGCAUACCUGAGAUGUGAGGAGACAUGGAGAAACAUGGGUCUAUCCUGA